UCAGUAAUUCACUUUAGAUUCAAAUUGUGCGAUAUUUCCAAUUUUCACUGAUUUUGAUAUGCCUGCUACCUUAAGAGUGGCAUAUGUGCCUGAACAUUUUUCAACACCAUUGUUUUUAGCCCAGGAACAAGGGUUCUACGGUAAUAUAACUAUCCAGUUUGUACCAGUGAUCGAAGGGAGUGGAAGACUUAUCAAGAUGUUGAAUACCAAGGAAGUCGAUAUCGCCAUUGGGUUGACUGAGGCCUUUAUCAGUGACAUUGCAAAGGGAAAUGAAGAAUACAAGUUGAUUGGGACUUAUGUUGAAUCUCCCUUGUGCUGGGCAGUUAGUACCGGUUAUGAUAGAUCUGACAUCACCCAAUUAUCUGAUUUACAAGGAAAGAGAAUUGGGGUUUCGAGAAUUGGAUCAGGUUCUUAUAUCAUGUCAUUUGUUCUUGGCUUGCAAGAAAAAUUUGCGUCUCCUUUCUUUUCUGAUCACCCGGUGUUGUCUAACUUCAAAAACUUACGAGACUCGGUCAAUUUGAAGUUCGGCAGCGCAGGUGAUGGAGAAUUGAGUGACAGUGAUGCAUUCAUGUGGGAGCAUUUUACGUCUAAGAAGUACUAUGACACCAAGGAGAUCAAAAAAAUUGGAGAGAUUUAUACUCCAUGGCCUUCUUGGGUGGUAAACUGCAAUUCCAAACUCUUGGAAGCCGAAAAACCGGCUAUUAAGCAGUUUUUGACGGGUGUUCGGAAAGGAAUUGAGUAUUUCUGGGCUCACCAGGACGAAGCCACUACCCAUAUUGCCACACAUCUUGACUACUCGAAAGCGGAUGCAGAGAAAUGGAUUGAAACCGUCAAGUUCAAUAACAGUGUCGGAGAUGAACCAAUUAACAGAAAAACAGUCGUAGAUAAUACUGCCAAAGUGUUACAAACCGCUGGAGUGUUGACUGAUUCUGACGAUGUGAUAACCCAACGGUUGUCUCAGGGUGUUGUCUUUAGUUUAUAGGCGAAUAUCUAGAAGUAAAAUAGCACAUUUCUCUAACUCU